AUGUCUUCGCCGUUGUCGCCAGCGAAGACGGGUGGCCGAGCGGCUCUGGCACGCAUAGGUGAUGCUCUUGCCACUCUCCCGAACGACCAUCCCGUACAGGUGCUCCUGCGCACCUACGCGCUCUCUCUCUCCCUUGCUCUCGGGCCAGCUUUCCUGCCUUUCUUCACAUCCGCAAAGGCUCGCAUCAAUGGACUGCAGCGGCUGAAGAAGCUGCUCGUGCGAGAACUGAGCGCGACUGGAUUCGCGUGCGCGAUGGCCGUAGGCGUCGGCGGAGGCGCUAUCAUCAGGGAGGCAUGGAACCUGCUCUGCGAGAAGCUGAAGGACGAAGAAGACAGCACAGCCGCGGGGUCCGGAACAAGGAAGUUAGCACAAUACCUUGCCAGCGUGAAGGACUCGCAUAGGACCUUCCUCUCCUAUAUCCUCUCGUCCUCUCUCGCCAUCACGCUUUUCCAUGCUGGACGCAUUCGCCCAGCUCCAGUUGAGCUCCUCCUGGCUGGAGACAUACCGAUAAUGCCGGCGAUCACCGCUCCCAAGGCACGACGAGCUGGUCCGCGACCGUCGAUCACUCUCGAUCUGACGCUAUUACUUCUUGUGCGCGCGAUGGACGCCCUCACGCAGAUUGGCAUACGCAAGUACUGCGAGGUGACCACAAAAGAUGAAGAGAAAGGCAAGCGCGUACAAGAAAAGAAACGGCUUUUGAGAACCAGAGUAGACGCGAUGGUGUUUUGGGCCUGUAGUGCAAGGAUAAUUUGGUGCUUCCUCUAUGAGCCCGAAAGGCUGCCCCGAUCUUAUAACAAAUGGAUCAUGACCUUAGCGAACAUUGAUCCCCGCAUACUCGCGGCCCUCCGCGCGCUUCGCUCCGGCGCGUGGUCCUACCGCCGGCAUCAAUCCACGCAGCCACAUUUACUCUCCUCGCUUUCACACGACCUCGGCUACCCGUCCGCCUGGGGUGACGUGAAGCGUCUACCCGCAUACGGUGGCGCCACAGCGAACGCGGCCUGGCAGGCGCUGGGCGUCUCCGGCAGACAAGGCAUCGGCGGGAUUCCUUGCGAGCUUGUACAUGGCGGCGUCACCGGCGGGAGCUGCACCAUGAAUACGUUGAUCAGAGGUGCUCAGGCAUUCGCAAGCGCAUUUGCGCUCUAUUUGCCGGUUCAUUUCCUACCCAUACUGCUCUACCGCCCGCGUGCACUCCUGCAACCCGCGCCGGUCCUCGCGACGCUUGCUGCCGUGCUGCGGAGUGCAUCCUUCCUUAGUACGUUCGUCGCAUCCAUAUGGGCCGCUGUCUGCCUCGUGCGCACAACGGUCCUUGCGCGCGCGUUGCCGUGGAUAUCACACGAUUUCUGGGACGGCCCGUUCGGAUGCACGUUCGCGGGGAGCUUGGUGUGCGGCGCGAGCAUCUUCGUUGAGCAGGGGCGCAGGCGCGGCGAGAUUGCGCUGUACGUACUCCCAAGAGCGAUCAGGGCAUGCCUGCCCGAAAGGUGGGUAACAGGCGGCGGGAAGAGCGUGAAGUACGGGGAAAGGAUUGCUUUCGUCUUAUCGUUGUCAACGAUCUUGACCGCUGCCACGCACCGCCCAGAUUCGCUGCGCGGGCUGUCGCGAUGGGCAGUGGCCUUUGUGAUGAGAGGGCCCAACGUGGCCUUCUGGAGGCGCAAACGAAAUUCCAUGCCAGCUCCAGCGCCCUCCGAGCCAAAACCAGUCGAGUCAGGCGACUCGGAUCUCUCAAAAUGA